GUUAUACUUCAUCACAUGUUGUCCAAAGCGACCGUGAAGGCCAGACCCUCUGUCCUGUGGUGUUACAAGAAGGAGCUGGGCUUCAGCAGCCACCGGAAGAAGAGGAUGAGACAGCUACAGAAGAAGAUUAAAAGUGGAACUUUAAGCAUAAAGAAUGAUGAUCCCUUUGAGUUAUUUAUUGCAGCCACAAACAUCCGCUACUGUUACUACAAUGAGACUCACAAGAUUCUUGGUAACACCUUUGGCAUGUGUGUACUUCAGGAUUUUGAAGCCUUGACUCCAAACCUGCUAGCUAGAACUGUUGAAACAGUGGAAGGGGGUGGAAUUGUGGCAAUUCUCCUGAGAAGCAUGAACUCACUGAAGCAGCUCUACACAAUGACCAUGGAUGUCCACUCUAGAUACAGAACAGAGGCCCACCAGGACGUGGUAGGACGGUUUAAUGAGAGGUUCAUUCUGUCUCUGGCCUCGUGCAAGAACUGCAUGGUGAUUGAUGAUCAGCUGAACAUCCUGCCCAUCUCCAGUCACGUGGCAAACAUCACAGCAGUGCCACCACAGUCACAGGAAGACAGCCUCCGGCCACAGGACUUGGAGCUGAGAGAACUGAAGGAGAGCUUGCAGGACACACAGCCUGUAGGAGUGCUGGUGGAUGGCUGUAAAACCCUUGAUCAGGCAAAAGCAGUUCUGAAAUUUAUUGAAGCCAUUUCUGAGAAGACCCUGCGGAGCACUGUGGCACUGACAGCAGCCAGGGGCCGUGGCAAAUCUGCUGCUUUGGGACUGGCUAUUGCUGGAGCAGUAGCUUUUGGUUACUCCAACAUCUUUGUUACAUCUCCAAGCCCUGAUAACCUUCACACCCUCUUCGAGUUCAUAUUUAAAGGCUUUGAUGCACUGCAGUAUCAGGAACACCUGGACUAUGAGAUCGUUCAGUCUCUAAAUCCAGAGUUUAACAAGGCUGUUGUCAGAGUGAAUGUGUUCAAGGAGCACAGACAGACCAUUCAGUACAUACACCCUGCUGAUUCUGUGAAACUGGGUCAAGCUGAACUGGUGGUGAUUGAUGAAGCUGCUGCCAUUCCUCUUCCCCUGGUGAAAAACCUGCUAGGUCCUUAUCUUGUUUUCAUGGCUUCCACAAUCAAUGGGUAUGAGGGUACUGGUCGGUCGCUGUCUCUGAAGCUCAUUCAGCAGCUCCGUCAGCAGAGCGCCCAAACCCAGAUCACCAUGACAGCAGAGAACAAAGCUACAGCUACAGCUAAACUUUCCUCAGCUCGGACGUUGCACGAAGUCUCUCUCCACGAGUCCAUCAGAUAUGCCCCUGGUGACCCCGUUGAGAGGUGGCUGAACGAGCUGCUGUGCUUGGACUGCCUCAAUAUCACCAGGAUUAUCUCUGGCUGCCCGCUGCCUGAGACCUGUGACCUAUACUACGUCAAUAGAGACACUCUCUUUUGUUACCACAAAGCAUCAGAGGUUUUUCUGCAGAGACUGAUGGCUCUCUACGUGGCUUCACACUACAAGAACUCCCCCAACGACCUCCAGAUGCUAUCUGAUGCACCUGCCCAUCAUCUUUUUUGCCUUUUGCCACCUGUUCCACCUACCCAGAACUCCUUACCAGAAGUACUUGCAGUGGUUCAGGUGUGCAUGGAGGGAGAGAUCUCUCGCCAGUCCAUCAUGAACAGCCUCUCUAGAGGGAAGAAAGCUUCUGGAGAUCUUAUUCCCUGGACCAUUUCAGAGCAGUUCCAGGACCCAGACUUUGGAGGCCUCUCUGGAGGGCGUGUUGUUCGCAUUGCGGUUCACCCGGAUUACCAGGGGAUGGGCUAUGGCAGCAGAGCUCUGACUUUACUACAGAUGUACUAUGAAGGCAAAUUCCCGUGCUUGGAUGAAAAAACAGUUGAAAAGCCAAAAGAAAUUGCAACUGUGAGCAGUGAGACUGUUAGUUUGUUAGAAGAGGUUGUGACACCUCGGAAGGACUUGCCUCCUUUACUUCUCAAGCUGACUGAGAGACAAGCUGAAAACUUGGACUAUCUAGGGGUAUCUUAUGGCCUGACACCAAGACUACUCAAGUAUGACAUUAUUCUGUUUGCUAGUUACAUCCA